UGUCUCCCCACCAAUAGACACUUUUCCCACCCAAAUGGUUGUAGCUGUUGAAAUACCAGGAAGUUGUUAUCUUCUUUAGACAGCCUUGAUUAGAAAUGUGGGGAGGAGGUCUUGAUUUAUUCCAUUUGUCUGGUACAGAUAAAGAAGUACGUGAGACAUGAGCUGCUUCCUCCAGAACCAAUUACAAAUCUGAUCUUCAUGACUGUAGCCUUUGGGGACAUAAAUGACAAUAGUCUCCACCUCCUUGGUGAACUGAUAAUUAUCUUUAUAUCCAUUUAAUGAGCAUUCUCUUGUCCUAUGAGGCAGAGAAUCAAAUUGAGUCCAGACGACGAACAGGAGGGACCGGUUUGCAUCUUUGAGUGAGACUGGUAAGAUUUAACAUUUUCUCCAUGGGGCAUGAGUGGGGCCACAUUUUUCCCCCUCUUAAGUCCUUAGGACCUGCCAUUCCAGUGCAAGAUGCUGUGUCCUUGUUUUCUUACACUCACCAUCUCUGAAGACUGCUGAUCUGCAGUUAGUCAGAAGGUUGGGUGAAACAUUUACAGGAGAGGCCGGAGCUGCAGUACUUUCCGAAGGUUAAUUCCCAAGCAACUCCAGGUAGGGUUGGAAAGACCACUUUUUAAAUUGCUAGAGAGUAGCACUGAGAGUCUGUUAGACAAGUCCUGACCUUCAUAGACCAAUAAUCUGACUCAGUAUAAGGUCACUUUCUGAGGUUCUGCCAAGGGAGAGAACAAACAUUGUACCCAGACACAAUGAGAGUACUGUAAUGUAAUUGAUGUAUUUUAACAGGUAUGCAGAAUAGACUGGGUCAUGUCACAUGACCCAAGUCCAGCGCAGGGAAUUCACCUAUGAUUGAUCAGUGAAGUAUUGGGAUAAGGCAAUACGAAGGGAGCAGAUAUCCAUGUUCCUAGAAGCAAACACAAUGAUGGGGUUCCACUUCAUAUAUAAACAUAUACACUCUAUUUUAUUAUUGAAUUCCUUUCUCUGUUCUGUGAGUGACUAAACCCUUAGUGUGAAGCUGCAAUACAAUAAUUAUCCCACUGAAGAGUUCAUUUCUCUUCUUUUUAUAAGUCACUCAUUGAGUUAACACUCAGAAUGCCAGUAGAGCACUUUCCUUACUCUUUGUCGUAAGGAAGUGAAGUGAAGGCUAAUUACAUCCCUUCUCCAUCAUCAGAGAUCUCCACAUUAGCUAAUUGGGUUUCUUGCAAGCUCUUAGAAUUGUCCCCAUCAACCUCAGAACUACAGAAGAAGAGAAUCUGGUAGGCAAAGAGGACUCCUAAGUCUCCCCAGCAUGUUGUGUAGGAGGCUACAUACAUUGAGUAUGUAGAUGUAAACAGCUGUCUGGAUUAGGGCCAGGCUGAAAGCCAGGAAUGUGUGAUGCCAACAGCUCUAAACUACAGCUAAAUCAAGAGCUGAAGUGCUAAUGCUCAGUUUUCUUGCACUAGGAAAAUGGCUGGGGCCUUUGGAGGGGAGAGUAAGGUAAACCUUCUGUCAUCACCACCACCAGGAGAAUCUGUUCAUUUGUUUAUCAAUCAAGUACGAUUGCUUCUUAAAGGUCCCACUAUUACUUGGGUAACCCCCCACCACCACCAACGUGUUUGCCUCCCAUUCAUCAAAAACAGCCUUCUUGGUUAGGGGGGAACCAAUAUAGACAUAUCAGAAAGCUUGCUAUAUUUUGGGCGGAAUCCUGGGAACUGAGCAACAAAAAGGACACUGAGUUAUAAUAAGAAAACAUGUUACAUUACUGCCUGACCUCUCUUUCAGAACGUCCUCCACACGCUCAUUCAUUCCUAGACUGCUCUUUUUCCAUUGGAAGAUAGUCCCACCUGGAUGCAUAUGCAGUAGGUAAGAGAAAUUCACUGCUAUAGAACUUUCUAACAAACUUUCCCUAAACAAGGUGGAGUCCUUAGCACUCUGUCUCCGUCCAUUGCCUUCAACCUUACUGAUAUCUCUUCCUAGGCAGGAAUGUUGAGCCUGGUCAUAGUAAAAGAAAUAUGAUUGAAUCCCAGUUUUAGAGAGACAAUACAAAUUGGACAAUAGGGCAAGGAGACCAGAGACUUCUCUUGCCACCAGUGAAUCUCAAUUUCCUCAUAAACUAACUCACUAAAGAACAAAAACAGAUUCAUGAGAAGAAAUCCAGAGGGGUGUGGCCCAUGUGGGGGAUUCAGUAAUAUUGCAGACAAUUGCACCUAUAUGACUUUUGGCUUGAUAGACAAAAGUUUUGGGUGUAUGUGUGGUUCAAUGGGCUCCUGGGUCUCACCAUUCUGGGUUUUGCACAGAAUACCAGCUGAGUCAAUCUUAUUUGUGAUACUUUCCAUUUCCUAGAGGAAACCUUUGCUCCAGAAGAGGAGACAAGAUUUCCGCAUGCAGUCAUUCAGCAUGGAAAGACAUAUCAAUGGGACUUUGCAAUCUGCUGUGGAUGCUGUGACAUACAAUGAGUAUAACAGCACUCAUAAUAGCUCAUAUAAUGAUCAAGAUGAUUUCCAGUAUGAAGAAUCUAUAAUGCAUGGCUUUAUUUUAGUUAUCUGCUGUGUGGGAUUUUUGGGGAAUGGAAUUGUCAUCUGGCUUCUUGGUUUCCGCAUUAGGAGGAAACCAUUCACCACCUACAUCCUUAAUUUGGGUGUUGCUGACUUUGCAUUCCUCCUGAGCCUAGAGUUCUUUUGUAUUAUUAUGGCUUAUUCUAUUCUUUUUAGUAUUGGUGUUUAUCUCUUAGCCUUCACAUACAACACUGGACAACUUCUUCUGACAGCCAUCAGCAUUGACAGAUGUGUGUCUGUCCUCUUCCCUAUCUGGCAUCGGUGUGUCCGGCCGACACAUUUGUCCACCAUUGUGUGUGCCCUCCUAUGGGUCCUCUCCUGUCUGCUCUGCCUAAUCGUCUACAUUCUCAUAGAAACACGUUUCCUUGAAUCAUAUAACAUAUAUUUUGAUGUCCUCAUAGCAUAUUUUCAGUUUCUCAUGACUGGACUGCUUUGCCUCCCACUCAUGACAAUUUCAACUGUGAUCCUUUUUAUCAAAGUCUGUUUUAAAUCACACCCACGAAAGCGGGGAAGGCUUUUAAUAGUUAUUUUACUUACACUCCUCUUCUUCCUCGUGCUUGCUUUUCCACUCAAUGCCCUUCUUCUCAAUGCAUUAAUUGCAGGCCUGAAUAUUCCCAUUCGAUUCCAUUAUGCAGCUUUGUGUGCCUCCCUCAACAGCACUGUGAACCCCUUCCUCUAUUUUCUGGUUGGGAGGAAGAAGGGAGGUCGAUCUCGGGAGAGCCUAAUGAUCAUCCUCCAGCGGGUUUUGAAUGAGGAGGAGAAUGACAGACCGGAAAUGGAUCCUCCUUGUUUAUACCCACUUAGGAACCUUUCAUAA